AUGCGGAGGGGAGCCGCCGCCGCCACCGGUGGGUCCGCGGGGCGCGCUGCGGCGGGCGGAGCAGGCACAGUUGUGCCAUCUAAGUUCUCCCUGUGACCUGGGGGUGAGGAGUAGAGAGGAGGACACGGGGCUGUGAGAGGGAGCGGGAUGUCGAAGCUGCCACUGGCAGCCGGGCAGUGGUGCCAGAGCUCCCUCUCCAUCAUCCCCUUGUGUCGUCCGCCGGGCCCUGCCGCCUCCCGCCUCCCUGCUGGAUGUGAUUUUGGAAUAACAUGCUUGGAAGUACUUGGUAGUGUUGAUAACCUGUACCCCAGCACGAGAGCUCCAGCUUAAUCCUAUUCAAACACUUCUCUCAGAAUAUGGGGGAGAACGAUGAUGAAAAAUACAGUCAAGCUGGCCAGAUAUUUGAAAACUUUGUACAAGCGUCAACGUGCAAAGGUACCAUUCAGGCCUUUAAUAUCCUCACUCGCCAACUUGAAUUAGAUCCUUUGGACAAUAGAAACUUUUACACCAAACUGAAGUCAAGAGUGACCACAUGGAAGGCCAAAGCUUUGUGGAACAAGCUUGAUAAAAGAGCAAGUCACAAAGAAUAUAAACGUGGAAAAUCUUGUAUGAACACUAAGUGUUUAAUUAUUGGAGGUGGCCCAUGUGGCUUGCGGACUGCCAUAGAACUUGCCUUCCUGGGAGCCAAAGUUGUCGUCGUGGAGAAGCGGGACACUUUUUCAAGAAACAAUGUGUUGCAUCUUUGGCCAUAUACAAUCCACGACCUCCGGGGACUGGGAGCAAAGAAAUUUUAUGGAAAAUUCUGUGCAGGAUCUAUUGAUCACAUCAGUAUUCGACAACUUCAACUUAUCCUCUUCAAAGUUGCACUUAUACUAGGAGUUGAAAUCCAUGUGAAUCUAGAAUUCGUGAAAGUCCUGGAACCUCCUGAAGAUCAAGAAAACCAAAAGAUAGGUUGGAGGGCCGAAUUUCUCCCCAUGGAUCACCCUUUGUCAGAGUAUGAAUUUGAUGUUAUUAUUGGUGCAGAUGGCCGCAGGAACACAUUAGAAGGUUUCAGGAGGAAGGAGUUUCGUGGAAAGCUGGCUAUAGCUAUCACUGCCAAUUUUAUAAAUAGAAAUACAACUGCAGAAGCCAAGGUAGAAGAAAUUAGUGGUGUUGCUUUCAUCUUCAAUCAGAAGUUCUUCCAGGACCUUAAGGAAGAAACAGGAAUUGACCUGGAGAAUAUUGUUUACUACAAAGAUAGCACUCAUUAUUUUGUGAUGACAGCAAAAAAGCAGUCUCUUCUGGACAAAGGAGUGAUUAUUAAUGACUAUAUUGAUACCGAGUUGCUCCUCUGUGGGGAAAAUGUGAACCAGAGCAAUUUACUGUCCUAUGCGAGAGAAGCUGCUGACUUUGCAACCAAUUACCAGCUGCCAUCCUUGGAUUUUGCAAUUAAUCACUAUGGGCAACCAGAUGUAGCAAUGUUUGAUUUUACUUCCAUGUAUGCAUCUGAAAAUGCUGCACUAGUGAGAGAGAGGCACAGACAUCAGCUCCUGGUGGCGCUUGUUGGAGAUAGUUUGCUUGAGCCCUUCUGGCCAAUGGGUACGGGCUGUGCAAGAGGCUUCUUAGCUGCUUUUGAUACUGCAUGGAUGGUACGGAGCUGGGCUCAAGGAAAACCUCCGUUAGAAGUCCUUGCUGAACGAGAGAGCAUUUAUCGACUCUUGCCUCAGACUACCCCUGAAAAUAUUAACAAGAACUUUGACCAGUAUACCAUUGACCCAGGAACAAGAUACCCGAACUUGAACUCAAGCUGUGUGCGGCCUCACCAGGUGAGGCAAUUAUAUGUUACCAAUGAGUUACAACAAUGUCCUCUUGAAAGAGUAAGCUCCAUUAGAAGAUCAGUGAAUCUCUCAAGACAUGAGUCAGAUAUUCGACCUAACAAGCUUUUGACCUGGUGUCAGAAACAGACAGAAGGGUACCGUAAUGUUAACGUUACAGACCUGACUACCUCCUGGAAAAGUGGCCUCGCAUUGUGUGCAAUUAUCCAUCGCUUCAGACCUGACCUCAUCGACUUUGAUGCUCUGAAUGAAGAGGACGUCGUCAAAAACAACCAGCUGGCGUUUGACGUUGCUGAGCAGGAGUUUGGGAUCCCCCCUGUGACCACGGGGAAGGAGGUGGGGUCAGCCGGGGAGCCCGACAAGCUCAGCAUGGUCAUGUACCUCUCCAAGUUUUACGAACUGUUCAGGGGCACGCCUCUGCGGGCAGUAGAUGCUGGCGACAAGCAAAAUGGAGAAAAUAAUGAUCUUUGUUCAGCAAAAUCAUCGAACUUCAUCUUUAAUAAUUAUAUCAAUUUAACUUUACCACGAAAACGAGUACCAAAGGUUGAAGGGAAAACGGAAGAAAAUGAGACUAACAAAAGACGUCGAAAAGGUCUUUUUGGUGUCUUCGAGGAGGCUUCAGGCUUUUCAAGCCAAGGGACAAAUGCUGGGAAAGAACAGAGUGAUGGCAGAGAAGGAAUGAACCAGAAUAAAGUUAAAUCAAUGGCAACUCAACUGUUGGCAAAGUUUGAAGAGAAUGCUCCAAAUACAAUUUUUCGGAGGCAGGAGCUAAUAGAUAGACCAGCCCUGCUCUCUUCUGACCCUCCUGUUAAUCCUCGCUUUGCUAAACCUAAGGAUCCAAGUCUUCUUCCACCUCAACCAAAAAGGCAGUUUCAGGUGGUAGCUAGGAGUGAACACGAGGUCAGGGAACCCAAACAGUCUUUAAGUGAUUCUGAUCAUAUGGCCAGGAGAGCAAAGACUGUACAAAAAACAGAUACCCAGCCCAGUCUGUCAGAAACCUCUGAAAAUCUCGCAUCUGCCUGUUCUGCUGCAUUUGUACUUUCUGGAGUGCUUGAGCGUCUUCAGCACCUGGAGGAAAAAAUGAAACAGAAAAGAGCUCAGACCAUAGCAAAUAGGGAAUUCCAUAAAAAGAACAUUAAAGAGAAAGCGGCACAUCUUGCCUCAAUGUUUGGAUACAUGGAGUUUCCAAAGAAUAAGCUACCUACUAAAGGCUUAUCCCAUUCUCAGCCCCCAACUCCCUCUUGCCCUCCACCUCAUGAUUCAGCUGCUUCCUCUUCUCCAUCAUCUGUUGGUUCAGCUUCCCCUGCUGUUCCUUCUAGACAGAUGACUGUAGGAAAGGUCUCAAGUGCAGUUGGAGCUGUGGCUGAAGUUCUUGUCAAUCUGUAUGUGAAUGAUCACAGACCCAAGCCACAGCUUCCCCCCCUUGAACUGAAGUGGUCUCUGGAGAGAGCUACAGGUUCUUGCCCCAUUCCUCAUUCGCCAUCUCCUGCCUCCACUGCUCAAAGCUGUCAGGGAUCUCUGCGAAAAGAAUUUCCUCAGUCUAUCGGGGGGAGUGACAUUUGUUAUUUCUGCAAAAAACGGGUAUAUGUUAUGGAGCGGCUGAGCGCAGAAGGCCACUUCUUUCAUAGGGAGUGCUUCAAGUGUGAAAUAUGCUCUACAACACUCCGUUUAGGAAUUUAUGCCUUUGAUGUUGAAGAAGGUAAAUUUUACUGUAAACCUCAUUUUACGCACUGCAAAAUCAGUACUAAACACAGAAAGAGAAGAGCAACGUUACAACCCCAAGGAAAGGAGGCAACAGAAGCAUGGAAGAAAGAGGAACCCAAACCCACAGAGACCACCACAGAAAGCACUUUGUCUACUGCUAGCAGUCCAGAGGACAGGUCCCCAGACCGCUGCCUGCCUGCGGCCGACGAGCCCGCCUUCCCGAAGAAGGCGAAGAGCAUGUCUGAGUGCCGCGACUUGGAGAGCUGGUUCUCGCCCCCUUCUCCCGAGUGGGCCACCGUGAGGGUCAUCCCCGAGGAGGAGAUGACCGAGCACAACCUUCUCGCUAUCCGAGUCAUGGUCACCAGCGAUGCAAGCAGCUCUGAGCUGGAGUCUGAUUGUAACGGCGACUCGUCAAACUCUGAAGCGAGCGAAGGACGGACCUUGCUGCUGGAGCCCCACGCCUGCACGAGCCCCGUCCGGAGGUGGGCAUCGCUCGCCAGGAGCCCUGUGGUGCCAGAGGAAAGCCCCAAAACAUCCAAAGUUGCUGAUGCGCUCCAGAGAGCCAACAGUUUUCACUCCACGGCGUUGAAUAAGUAUCAGAAUUGGAGGAGGAAACUCCAAACCAGUUUCCCUCUACUGUCCAGCAAGAAACCCGGGCUACACUGGAAGGACAGCUCAGCCAGCUGUCAAAGUGGUCCUGGAGAGGAUCAGUCCCAAGCACAGCUGGCUUCUUACAAGAAACCACCAGAAGUUACAAGAGGACAUUUCAAACCCCACAGCCCAGUAUUUCAAAGAAAAGAAAAAACCAGAGAGAUGCCUGAAGACAUCCAUCUCUAUGUGCCCCAUUGUCCUUUUCAGAGCAGCACCAGAGGUUCUCCACGGACCCCUCCUGGGAAUGGGACACCGGCUGCUGAUUUUUCCCAUCCUGAAGAUACAGAUAGUGACAUGGGGACACACAGAGCCCAGGGCUGGAAGGGAAAACCCCAGAAAUAUACCUCUGAACCAGAAGAUUUUAGUAGGAAGACAAAAGCGCUGUCAUCUCUGGAUUUGAAAGAGAAAGAUGGCAAAAAUACAAGGCACCCAGAAGAAAAGCUUGAGCAAGAAUUGAAGGAGGCAAAAAAGAGGCUGGUGCUUUGUACUCAACAGCGACCCUUGUGUGAUUCAAACAGGACGGACUUAGGUGGAACCAGACCGGGGUAUCGAAACAAAGGAGCACUGUGGACCUGUGAGGAGAAGGAUGCUGACUGGAAAAAAGAUGUGGUCAAACUAUCUGGUUGUCCUGUCCCUCUCUUAUUUGCAGAUGAUGCUCCACCAGCUUUGCCAGUUGAUACAAAAGAUGCUCUGAGGAGUCCAGAUGCAGUUGCCAGGGAGCACGCAGCUGGCCAGCCGAAAUCACCACUGAGGCUCAUAGCCAAUGCUAUCAAAAGGUCCAUUUUGGAGCCUCUAACCUCAUCUCCAGAAGGACUAAAGCAGGACUCGGACAGCAAAGUCAAAGCCUCUUCAGAACAAGCCUUCUUCAGCUUCCCCAGUACUCCUGGCUAUUCCCUAAGCCAAAGGAACAGUAACAAUAACAGAGCACAUAACACUCAGCCACAGCAGCUUAAAGUAGGGGAGUGGGCAGGAGAAUAUUUAGGAAAUGGGAGCCCUUUCUCAAAUCCAUUUAAUUUUUCUGUCGGCUCUGAAGAGAGAUCUCUAAGCAAGGAGAUAUCCUUCCCUGUCUACAGUUCUCACACCAGGCCUUCCAAGACAACCAGUAUACCUCAGAAAUCAUCUUGCACUAGGAUGGAGGAUGUCCCAGGACUCCUAGAAAAGUUUACCUUUAAAGAGACUCCUCCAGGGGCUCCCAUGGAUGACAUGUUUAUUUGUAAUGAAAAGUACCUCCUUCUUUCAUCUCCAGAGCCCAAGAACACCUCCAAGGACAAUCUGGAUGACUCUGCACCCAAGGGUAGUCUCGGGUCGCUCUUCGAUAGACUGAGAAGUAAAGUUCACGACAGAGAAAGGAAUUCCUUUGUGUCACCUCUGCCUUUCAUGAAGGACCGUUCUCCAGAAGACAGGCUAUGUUAUCCUUCCACAGGAUGUGAACACCUACCUGUCAGAAAACAAGCUAUCGAGUAUUCUACUUCUUCCUCUGAUGACGAAUUUGAAUCCAAGCCUUCGUUAACACACAAGGCAAAAAGAGCUCUCAGAAGGAAAAGGAAGCUGGAGAAGGAGACAAAGCAAUUGAUUAAGCAAGAGGAGCUGAAGAGGCUUCACAAAGCACAGGCAGUCCAGCGCCAGCUAGAAGAAUUGGAGGAAAGACAAAAAGCUCUGGAGAUUUUCGGUGUCAAACUGGAGAGAGAACUAAGAGGAGAAUCAGAUUCAGGCACGAAGGACGAAACUCAGAUGCUACAUGAAUGGUUUCAGCUGGUCCUGGAGAAGAAUAAAUUAAUGCGUUAUGAGUCUGAACUCCUGAUUAUAGCCCAAGAGCUAGAACUGGAGGACCACCAAAGCAGGUUGGAACAAAAGCUGAGGGAGAAAAUGGCCAUUGAUGACAGCCUUAAAGAUGACAUGGAUCUGAAUGAGGAGGAUGAAAUUUUUACUGAGAUGAUGAAAGUGGUUGAAGAAAGGGACAAACUUGUGUCUACCUUAGAGGAGCAGAGAGUGAAAGAAAAAGCAGAAGACCAGCACUUUGAAAGCAUUAUAUUAUCUAGAGGCUAUCAGCUGAGCAGGAUUUAAACAGCCACAUGCAAAUAAACAUGAUUUCAGCAACAUCUGUAAUCAUGGAGAUACAGUCUUCUGAAAAAUGAAGGAAUUCAAAUUUAAUAUCAGUUUAUUUGGGAAACAUGUUGUUUUGUUAUCGAAAGCUCAUAAGCAGUUCUUUUGCUCAUACUGGAGUGAGUCAUGUCACUAUCAGCUUAAAGGAUCACCAAAAUAGAGAAUAGGACUGAAUUUACCUGUCUGAUGGGCAUCAGGGUCUGUGAAAGGGAAAUCAGAGCUCUGUUGUUUUCUUGGAAUUUUAUUUUAAUGCUGAGAAUAGAGUUCCUGAGAAACAUGAUGACAUAAUUUAGUAUUUUUGAGAUGGCAUUGCUUCCAUCUGUCUGAAUCUGUAUGUGGUUUUGUUAAUAUUUUGGCACAGCCAACCCAUGUUGAACUAUUUAAAGGUCAGAAAGCAAGCAUCUCAUAUAAAAAUAAGGUUAAUUUUUAUUUCUGGUGGAGGAAGGGUCAUUUGACUAAUAACUGCAUAUAAGCACUCAUUAAAACCACUGUAAAUGCAAUGUCAGAAAUUAAUUUUCCAGGAAUUGGUAAAUUUUAGUGCACUGUGAAUUUUUGGACAAGAAGUUAAAGCAAUAUUAAAUCCCUAUGUUUUCUAAAAUGGUAAAGGAUUAUCAAAGGGGUGACUAUCCUUAAGACUGUUGCAUGCUCAAAAAAGCUUUUGUAUGUCACAGAUUAAAGUCUUCUCUAAAAUAUGCUAAAAGAUAAUUUAAAAAUAGUAAUCCAGAUUAACUGCUUUACAAUUGCUUGAUAAAAUACAUCACAACUAGUAUCAUAGGAUGUGAUGAGUGGUGUAGCAGUUAAACAUCUCCCUGAGUAUAAUUCCUCAAAAGGGUUGCAAAAAAUGUUGAGUUUGUAAUGUCAACAUUUGAUAGAAAAAGUUGUGGGUAUAUUUAAACUAUAUUUAUCUUGUUGCUCAAGAAUAUAUAUGCAUAUUUUUUUCUUAAGGGAACUAUAUCCUAUCUUUUUUUGUACAUGCAUUUGUAGAUACUGGCAAAGCAGAUGUGCAGAAACUCUCCUUAGUAUUUGGUGUAGUUUAAGUACUUUCUUAAAUCUGAGAGUAUUCCCAACUGUAUGUAUGAUGCACUACAUUUUCAAACUGAAAAAACAAGGAGAAACUGAAAGACUGUUUCUUUUUUAAUAUCAUUUUACCUCAUGCUCUGAGAAGAUUUGAUGUUCUCGUUAUUUCGUGAAUGGUGCUAAUUUGCAGCAGUUGCCUAUGGUACAGUCAAAGCUAGAAGCAUUCCUGUUCCAAAAGCUUUAAACUAAAAAACCUCUUGGUAAGUACUUGUAGGGUAACAGACACACUGGAUCCUGUCACAGUCAUUUAUAAAUGAUCUUAAGUUUUUGCUGUGUUGUAAGAAAUUUAAAAUGCCCUUUCUAAAGAUAAAAGCAAGAUUUUACUAUUGACCACAGAUAAAUAAUAUACCUCUCUUAGUGCAAGGAAUAUACUAUUGUUCUGCAAUAUUUAUGUAUUUAUAUUUAUUUAUUAGACUGUUUAAAGAGGAUAAGAGUGUCUGGUUACAUUUUACAGUUUGGAUGUGGUCUCUGAUUUUGAUUGAUAAAUGUGUAUUUCUAACAGCUAUAUGUAAGUAAAGCUGUGCAUAGUAGAGUAGAUAGCUUUAUCGAUUUGGUAAAUAAUCAGUAAUAAAAUAUGACUUAAGAUUUUUAAACAAUGUUCUUGGUUACCAUAACUUGAAGGGCUACCCUUAAAGCAUAGCACGUAGGGCUUUAACAAUAUAAUUUGUCUUUCAUCGCAGUGGAAGGACAUAGCAGAAUCCUUGUAUAUGUUCCAAAAUUACCAUCAGACUUUUUUUUUCCUGUCCUUCAUAGGCUGAGCAUACCUGAUCUUCAGAUUACAUUUUUAUUGAGAUGGAUUGCAGUGAUUGAUUUUUAAACUAACUUAAGAUUGACAUGAAGUAGGAGCAGGCAGAGCAGCAAUAAAUAUUUUAAUUUUCUCUGUUGAGAUCUGCUGGUAUUUCCAGUUUUGUGGAGAAAAUUUCUGGAUUUUAUCACUGUUCCCAGCAGGCUCAGGUAAUCCUAUAGAACAAGACUGUCUAGAACAUCUGUCAGUUUUCUGUAGAAAAUGGAGAGUCAUAAUGCUUUCAAGGUAUUUUAAAAAAAAAAAAAGUUUUAAAGCAAACUUCUUAGUGCUUUGGACAGGAGGGGAAUUCAGCAGAAACCUCCAGUUAUAUCAGUCAAAGAUUAUUUUUCUCACCUCACUUUUACGAUCUAAAAAGUCCAUUCACCUUCGUGUUGCUGCUGUACAAAGAGGAAGAGGAAGGGCAGCCUCAGAGAAACACGAUGCCCCUAGUCCUGAGGAGGAGAUUGCUCUCCUCUACCAAAGUCCAGCCUGCUUGCCCAGGGGAGAUGGACACACUGCGAUCAGUCAGGUUCAGGUUGCUCUGAACUGUAAAUAAACCCUGAGAUUUCAGUUUACAGCAGAUACCUGUUUGGCUAUAAAACCAAAUGCGAAAGGGUGCUUUCCUCUUAGCUCCAAAGAUUUGAGUUCUUGAGAGUAUUAGCGUCAACAGAAGCUGAGGGCCAUCAGCAUUUUAUGGACCUCAAAAAUAUUCUUUGCUAAAAAGAUACUUUUCUGGAUGCCAUGUGGUCAUAACACAUGCUCCACCCAAACCUGUGUGUCCGCUCUUGGGUGGAAAAAGCUGUCAGGCUACUGUUACCCUGCCUGAUAUUAAGUACCUCACAAGAUUAGAUCCAAAAAUGAACUGUAGAAGUGAUUUAGAAAAAAAAAAAAUACUCUUAAGUCAUUUAAAGCAGGUCUUCAUGUAUCGUGAGAGUAGAG